AUGAAGAAGUGGCUGGGAGCUGCAAAGCAGAGCGCCUCGAGCUCGACACACUCGCUGAGUGCUCUCGAAGAGCCUCAGGCACUCGAGAGUGCUAUGGCUGCUGUGUCGUACAUACUUAAUGAUGAUGUCGAGACAGCAGAAGCAGAAUUGUCAAAGGGCAACUCGCCUUUCCACAAGUUGGGCCAAGGUCUAUCUUCUUUCUUGCGAGCUGCUCUCGGCUUUGAGCAGGAUUUCAUGCGAGAGGCCUCUGAACGUCUGUCACAAGCCGAGUCGGCUGCUUACGACCAUCAACGCCACGCCGACAAGAAUGCCUACCACUCCAAAAUCUACCCGCCGGGAAGCGAAUACGCACUUUGCCUUUCCGAAGCUCAGCUUAUGAGUGCCGUUGUUGCCGUCUUAACCGAGAGUCUCUCCGAGAGUAUCAAGGGUUUCUACAAGAUGAGGAAAGCUUAUGUCGCUCUGCAAGAGAUAGCAGAUGCCGAAAAGAGAUACUUGAAAGGGAGGAGCUCUGCUUCUGUUGGCAGUACAAGCACGAGGUCGACUGUCAACUCGGCUCCUUCACUUGCCUCGGAAGGUCCUUCAAUCUCUGGUCAGACUCUGGUCGCUCCAGAUGAGGAUGUUGAUGAUGACUUUGUCGACGCCGAUGAGAGUAUUGCUGCUCCUGCCACUCCCACAACCUACCAGGGCCACCUGGAGUGUAAGGAGCUGGAAUCCAAACUCGAGAAUUUGUCUAUUCGACCUGGCUCGUCAUCCACACAGACUCCUGUAGCACCCGUCGUGGAAGAAGACGACUUUAGUGAUUUCACCAAUCAUCCUGUCGACCUCUUUGUGCAUUCUGGCACGAGUCUCUGUUUUGGUUUGAUGCAGUUAAUGCUCUCUCUGAUUCCCCCAGCCUUUUCCAAACUCUUGUAUAUUAUUGGAUUCAAAGGUGAUCGCGAGCUUGGCAUCCAGAUGUUGUGGCGGGCUACCCAAUACUCGAACAUCAACGGCGCUAUGGCGGGCCUGGUAACACUAGGAUUUUACAAUCUCACCGUUGGAUUCUGCGACAUUGUCACCUCGGAUGCUUAUCCCAAAGAACGCCUGACGACUCUGCUGGUCCAGAUGCGCAAACGCUAUCCUCAAUCUCGCCUCUGGAGACUCGAGGAAGCAAGAAUGUUGGCUGCUAACAAACAGCUGGAAGAUGCCGUUACUAUGUGCGGCACUCAUGAAAAGAGUCCACUCAAACAAGUCGAGGCAUUGCAGUGGUUUGAGAAGAGUCUGAACUGCAUGUAUCUGCACAAAUACGAAGAAUGUGCCACUUCUUUCUUGACGUGUGUUGAACUCAACAACUGGUCUCACGGCUUGUACUACUAUAUUGCUGGUGUGUGUUAUGUCGAACUCCACCGCGAAGCCAAGUCAGUCGAUGCAGGCCGAGCACAGAAAUAUGCGUCUCGCGCAACAGAACUGCUACGAAAAGUGCCAAUUCACGCAGGCAAAAAACGCUUCAUGGCACGUCAAUUGCCCUUUGAUGCCUUUGUGACCCGCAAGAUCACAAAGUGGGAGGAACGAUCCAAGGCUCGCGGUGUUUCUUUCGUCGACGCUGUGGGCAUUGCUCCCGUAGAAGAGAUCAUCUACUUCUGGGCCGGGUUCAAGAGGAUGAGAAAAGAACACCUCGUCCACAGUCUCGAGCGUCUGGCAUGGAGUGAGCAGAACGGCUGUCACGACAAUGCAGUUGACGAAUUAGCCACAUUAUCACUUCUCCGAGCUACAGUAACUCGAUGGCUCGGCGAUACGAAAACUGCCCGUCAAAUCUUGGAGACGCAGGUCCUGAACCACGAGUGGAGCGAGUUCAAGGGCGGAAACAAAGAUAACUGGUCACUGCCAGUAGCGCAUUACGAAAUGUCCGUGAUCGAAUGGAUAGAGGCAGGUGGUGAGAGAGGAAGCAAACCGCAAUUGGAAAGUUGCUCGAGAUGGGUGGAGAAGGCCGCGAAGUGGGAGGCUUAUGACUUGGAUGCUAGAGUCGGUCUCAAGGUGACCACUGCACGGGAGACGUUAAAGAAAUGUGGCAUCACACCUUCUGCUUGA